AAUUUCAAUGUUGACGUUUGUCACAGAUCUGAGGAUUGUCGGGUCGUAUUUCUCGUAUUCGUUUAACAUCUGAUAUAAUUUUACAAAUUUAAUUCAUAAUUUACAAAGUGUAGAUCGGUGUGUAAUAAAGUAAAUAACGAAGGAAAAGUUUGUGUGGUGUACCUAUCUAAGCGUGACUAUUAAAAUAUAAGCAAAAAUGGCGGAUGGAGGAUUCCCUGGGCAACACACAACGACGACGACGGUGACGUCGAGCACGGCCGUCCAGACCAACAUACGGUUUGACCCCUCUUACUUGAAGACUGUACCAGGGAUAUUAAAGGCCGUACAAGUUCUCUUCAGUCUUCUCGGGUUCAUCUGCAUCCAGUGUUCAUCAUGGAGCUUCCUGGGCAAGAGCUCGUACUUCAGCUGGAUAUCGAUGAUAGCCUUCUGGUUCACCGGCAUCCUGCUCGGCUUCUACCUGUUCCACAUCUUGGAGAAGUUCUACAAGAUCCCCUGGCUCAAGAUCGAGUUUGUCUUCUGCGCGUUAUGGACUUUCAUGUACCUGUUGGCGUCUAUUUUGGCGACCACUGUCCAUGAUAAUCCUCAUUCUGCAGCGGCGUUCUUCGGUUUCGUGUCGACGCUGGCGUACGCGGUGGACGCGUACCUGAAGUGGUCGGCGGUGCGCGCGGGCGGGCUGGCGCAGGGCUCGCGCGUCGUGUCCAAGCAGACCACCUCCGUGGAGGCGCCGCCGCCGCGCGAGGGGUACUAGCUGCCCCCCCCCCCCACACCACACCCGGGGGUGCUGCUGUCGUAGACAGGGCACAUUCCUACAAGCAUUGACGAUUAUGAACGAGCUCAAAUAUUGUUUUAGAUAAGUCGUAAGUUUCUAAUCCAUUAAUUAGUAUUCACUUAUAAGACACGUGAUUUAUAAACAAAUAAUAAACUACAGGUUUAAAGUAAAAUUGGUGAAGUCAGGAAGUGCCUGUCAAGGUUCAGCAAAAAUUCAAUUAAUGAGCUUAGACUUGUCAGUUCAAUGUUUGUCUUCGACGUUUGUAGUGAUGUCACCUUUCUAGGGCUUUUACACUAGUCAUAAGACCACCCCCAUUAGUUACACUAAGAAAUGCUAGAUUUCGUAAAAAAAAUAUCUGUUAAAGCACUUAUAUUUGAGAAUACAGGAACAUGAUGACACUUAAUACACUUAGUUGUUCUCACGGUAAAAUAUUUGUGAGAAAUAUCUGCAUAUCCUAGGGCACAAAAACAAUGUUGCAUGUAAAUAAAAUCACUAAAUGUUGCCAGUGUAAUUAUUAUUUAAAAUGAGGUAAGAUCAAUUUACUUGUAUUAUACUUUUAUCUUUUUAACUAUUUAAAUUGAUGGAUUGUUUAAUUCACUACUGUUAGUCGUUGAUUUAUAAUUAUUAAUUAAAUAUUGUUUUAUGUUCAAUCUUACAAUAAAAUGUUUUUUUUUUUCUCUUAAAUUGUUGUGCCAUUGUUGGGCAUAGUAAUUAAAAUGAUCUACUAACAGUAGUGGUAAUAACUUAAGCUCAAUGAAUUGCUCUUCUGGUCUAUUGCUAGCUAUUUAAGUAUAAUUUUUAGGUUAAGUUAAACUAAAAUCAUGUACUUACGACAAAUGUUAUUGACAGUAUUUUUAGAGGCACUUAUUAAUCAUACAAACGAACAUUCACGUUUCUUUUACUUUGACUUCAAACGGCUUUAAAAAUAAACGCAAUCUUUUAUCAACUGAUAAAUCAUGUUUUGAAAUAUACACUGUUUUAGCUUUUUCGCAUGUAUUUACAUUUGUUUGAGGAUGAAAUUAAUAAUACUUAUUUAGAUAUAAUGUAGUACGUCAUAUUCAUUCUGUUUUGUCUAAUAUGGCCAUACUUUAACAAAUAAAGUGUCUUGAUUUCCUAUGGGGUACGAAAAAAGGUCAUAGGAAGUCAAGGAAAAAGCCUAGUUUUUGGAACUCAUAAAAUAAAUAUGUAUUUUCGCCAUUUUUAUUCAAAAUAGCAUGCCCUUUGUCCUCAAGUCUUUCUCAUUCUUGACGGGUUAUAUUUUUCAUAGUCAGUCAAAAACCUAUUUUAACGUGCCACGUGCCUUAAUAUAAUUCUCAAACAGUUUCUUUUAUAGUAACUGGGUAUAGGGAGCUAGCUAUACUCCAUUUGUUUAGGUACUUGGUGAUUAACCUCUUUCAUUGUUAUAAUCUGUUUAUUGUUAACCAAAGAAUCUAUGUACCUAUGAUGAUAUCAAAUCAUAUAACGACUAAAUAACUAAUAUUGCAUUUUUAAUGUAUUUAUUUACUUCUACACUCUUGAUGAAAUUUUAUUACAACUUUUAAAUGUUUUCCUUUUGGUAUAACGAAGUAUUAUCUUGAGGCUAAACCGUGUUGGCUUUUCAACACAAAAUGAAAUUAAAAUUAGCCUUAUAAACAGUGCCUUGCAAAUAAAACAUAAAUAUAUAAUGUUUAUAAAAGAAACAAUUGAUUGCACUAACACAACGAUGACAUUAAAAAUGAAAUUAAGCUCGCUAAAUAUUCUAAUUGCCAGUUCACUUAUAUUUGUUUUGUUAAUUAACUUUAUGUUAAAUAAUUUAGUUAUAAUGCUAUAACCACCUGACUUCGAGUUCAGACUUUAUUUUUAACUGAUUCAGGAACAUGUGUAUACUAGUUGUUUAUACAUAUACUGUUUUUUAAUUAAAGGCUUUAUAAGAUUCUAAUAUAUAAUUGUUUAGUUGAAACAUGAAAAGUCAAUUUUAUUUAAUUAACUUUUUAUCAUUAACGUUCAUAUGUAAGUGUUAUUUUAAGGUACUUAAUUACCCUUGCUAUUUUUUAUUUUAUAAUUUGUUUAUUUAUUAGUGUAAGAGUAUUGCUGUUAUUCUUAUUAACUUCGUUUGUUUUAUAUUACACUACUUUUGGUGCUGCUAAAGGACGAAAAAGAAAAUAAAACAUUGUUUUGUAAUAGCUGAAAGGUUACUUGGUUUCCAAGCAACGAUUGCUAGAAUGAAAAAAAAAAACGUUUAUACGUGUUAAUGGAAAGAUUCGUUCAAAA